UGGGAAUGGAUUAGUUUAUUCUUGCGGUGGAACCUGUCGGUGCAGCGCGUUUGCCAACUGUUUGUUUUGCAAUAGCUUUUAUGUGAAAAGUGAAGGAUAACCGCCAGCGCCUGCCUUUGUCAAAACUCGGAUCUCAGGAUUGAUCAGACUGAUGGAUGGUCAAAUGGCAGACACUACAAAAGAAGAAGUAGAUGGUGUUAAGGAGGUUAAUGACAAAUCAGAAUGGGAUGUGGACGCAACCGAGGGUUUGAAAAAUGGUGGCGAACCGAUGGAAAGUCUAGUCAAAGACAAGAGUCGUGGAGUCUUGAAGUCAUUCAGAAGGAGUUUGAAAGUGCUCAGCCCUAAGACACAGAAAGACAAAAGGUCAGAAAAUACUGAUGACCAAAGCUCAAAUUCUUCAUUACAACCACCACACUCUCCAAAUUCUGCAGAUGAAACAACAGGUACACUGGCAAGAAGAACGUUAUCGUUUCGGCAGAGCUUGGGUCUGGGAACUAAAAAAUACAAACAAGAUCCACUUGAACCUGUCACAGAGGCCAUGACUUUAUCUGAAGAGCAGACCGAGGUUACAGACACAGUGUUGGAGCUCAGAGACACAUAUACUCUGCCAGAGAUACCAUCUAUGCCUUUGUCAGUAAUGGAGAUUAACAGAAUGAUAGAGAACGCACAUUUAGAGGAGGCCUAUGUGAAUCUACUGUCACUACGUCUGGAGCUUCAGCGGGAGCGUCAAGCUCUGGAUCAAGAAGACUAUCCCAUCGAACUUGUCAAUAAAGAGAAAGACCUCAUUCUGCUCUAUGGCACACUAAGGAACAAAAUGUUUGCCAUUGUACACAAAUCCAGUGAUGUUAACUCACUCAAUAAAGAGCAGCUGGUGUAUGUGGCCACCAUUAUCGUGGAGGAAGAGAAGAGAGAGGGAGAGUCAGGAGCGAUGCAGGGAUGGAGGGAAGCAUGGAGGGAUGCGGUACUAAACGGGGUUCGAGAUUCACUGAAGAAAGUUCCUCUGGACAGCCGCGAGCAGAACGCUUCCUGGUUGGCAGUGCAUCUUGGGCUUCUGGGUAAAGCUGUGGUAGAGGACUUGGAGAGAGUGAAGACUGAGCUUCUGAGCUCAUAUCCAGCGGAGUUAAAUGUGUUUGAAACCUAUGUGUCCUGCCACCAUAAGGCUGUAGGAGAGCAUCUAAAGAGACUUCUGGAAAAGGUGACAGAGCUGAAAGAUUACUACGCUCUUCUAGAUUUCAUUAUUCAUCGCUACCCCAGUGAGAAGAUAAUGGGAAGCAGCUCUCUGCUGCCUGAGUUAAAGGAAGAUCAGAGAGGACUCCCAGUGGACAAAGAUUUCCUUAAUCAGAUAAAAGACAAAUAUUGUGCGCGCUUACAGGCUGACAUGAAAACAUCACUCAACAGAAUCAUUGACUUGGAGAAUGAGGAAAUGUGGAGAGAAAAAAGAAAACCAGUGAUUGAUGAGGGAAUCUGCAGCUCACACAUUGACAUGGACAUCUGGACGAAUAUUAAAGGGCAUGUACAAGGAGCCAGAAGAAUCGAUGUGAACCUUGAGCAGAAGGUUGUGUGUUCCUGUUUAGAGGAACUGAAGACCUUUCCAAAACGGUUUGAGUCAGCGUUUGUUGAGUGGAGCAGUCCUCUCUCUAACUCCUUGCUCUGGGCAGAGUAUCACAUCAGCUACAUCAACAGCUUUAGUGCCCUGAAAGAGCACAUGGAGAGCUAUAAAGACACCAGCCCGAUUCAGCUGGAGCUGGUUCAAAAAGAAAUAGAUAGACUGACCACCAGUUUGAGUCAAGCUGUGAUGGAGAACUUUAAAACAGAUGUCAAGCCCUUCCUCAGGAGACAGAUGACAGGGAAAUGGUUUUCAUUUGAUGAAGACUUUUCACAGCUGAUCAGCAGAACUAAGACUCUUUCUGAACAGAGCAAGUACAUGACCCCAAAACAUAAACAGGCUUUUGUGAAUGAAGCUCACUUUUUUGUGGUGAAAGAAUAUGUAUCUCAGCUGAUGAAGAAUAACUACUCAUGCAAAAACAGUAAGAAUGAGACAGCUGCCACUAAGAUGACAAAUCAGUGGGAGGAACUGAAGGAGAUCUUCCAAGAUAUGAACUCUUCCUUAGAUUGGCUCCAUCCAGUUGGAAACCAGUUGAGCAAUAUCAUUGGGUGCAAAAAAAGUGAUGUAAUACAUAACCUACAGCCAUUAGUUGAUAACUAUCCAGAUAUCGGGAAGGGUCAUCUUUCAGCUGUGCUGUACUUCCGAGGAAUUAUAAGAGGCAGGGAAAAGCAUGCUAUACUACAGCGGCUGGCAGAGCUGAAACAGAGAACAGGGAAUACUGGGAAUAGAGAGCAGGCUCUCUUUAGUGAAAUUCAAGCUACGGUUAACACAGACUGCCUGGCUGGUACACCCUUCUCCUGUCUGUCCAUUGUACAAGAGAGCUAAUGUACUUCAUUUUAUUUAAAGUGGACAUAAUCUUUGCACUGUUUGAAAACUAUCAUAUGUCUAAUUUAUGAGCAAUAAGGAAUGUUUUGGAAUGUUACUCUGUGAAUCC